AUGGCUUCCAGGGCUGGUGGAUCCAUAGGCCGAGGUGCAGGUAGGGCUCAGGGCAGCGCACCGGGUUCUCCACCACGACCUAUGCAGGGGCGAGUAGGGGAUGGACCGGGAGGAGCCGGCGCGAUCUUCGUUGGGGGGUUGCUUACUGUACCGGCGCCGACCUCUCGUCGCUCUUUCCGUUACGACGGCCCUCGACCCCCUCCUUCGGGGCAGACGCAGACGCAGCCGAAGAGCGGCAGUGAGGAGGAGGAUGAGGAGGAGGAUGGUGAGGGCGAGAAGGAGGAGGACACUGAGGGGAGCGGGGAUGACAGCGAGGCGGCGUGGGACCCAGAGACGCAUGGCGGUGGGGAGGGUGGAGAUGAUGAUGAUGAAGACCACGAGAUGGAUCGGUUGGAGCCAGAGGGGCGGGAGGAGGAGGUGGGAGAGGGUGGUGGAAGGGCGGCGACAGAGGCGGGAUCACAGCAUGUGCGUGAAGGGGGAGGGAGCGUGGGGGUUAAGGUGGGGGGGAGAAAGACCGUGACCAUUAGGGAGCCGAGGCAGAGGAAGAAGGCCAACAAGUUGAGGGAGCGGGCGUAUCCCUGCACGUUCACUGGGGAGCCCUUAGGCGAGGGUGUGAUCGCUCCCGAGUUCCUAGACGAGGACGGAGGGUCCGAGAGUAGUAAGGGGACUGGCAAGGGAGAGACGUUUCCCCGUGGGGGCUACAAAGGAGUGCUGGAUGGCUACGUCUAUCAGUGGCCACAUGCCAAGACUUGGCCGCAGCUCGCCAAGGGAAAAGGGAUGCCGACUGGUGGAGGUCAUGGGUCAGGCGGGAUGGAGCGGUGGAUGACAACCAAACUGACCUCGGUGCAACUACGGCAGGCGAUCACGAAGCUGGUGGUCACCUGCGACCUCCCCUUCCGCAUCGUCGAGGCCGAGGAUUUUCGUGAGCUACUCAUCCUGCUAAACCGCAACUGCGCGCAGAAGAACUUCAUCCCCUCGCGCUGGACGGUUUCCCGCGACACAGUGGUCUAUGCGGCUGCCGCUCUUCAGUCAGCCAUUGCGGAGAUGCUGGCGAAGGAGGGGGAGCUGGGGUGCAGGGUAUCGUUCACCAUCGACAUGUGGUCGGCGCCCAACAACAGGGCGUGGCUAGUGGUAACGGGUCACUGGAUCGACGAAAAUUACCAGCUGUGCACAAUGGUGUUUGAAUUCCGCGAGAUUCACGGGCGUCACACGGGCAAGCAGAUGGCGAGGGUGGUUGAAGAGACGGUGGUGCAGUGGGGGUUGGAGACGCGUUGUCUUGGGUUCACCUCAGACAACGCCUCCAGCAACACUACUGCUUUCAGGUGGAUGUCGGAGGAGGGUGGUGGCCAGUGCUUCUUCAACUCGCGCAUGCACUUCCGGUACCUUCUCCUGUGCUCCAGGGUCGAGGGCGGAGUGAUGGCGUCCAGGGGUGGUGGAUCCAUAGGCCGAGGUGCAGGCAGGGCUCAGGGCAGCGCACCGGGAUCUCCACCACGACCUAUGCAGGGGCGAGUAGGGGAUGGACCGGGUGGAGCCGGCGCGAUCUUCGUUGGGGGGUUGCUUACCGUACCGGCGCCGACCUCUCGUCGCUCUUUCCGUUACGACGGCCCUCGGCCCCCUCCUUCGGGGCAGACGCCGACACAGCCGGAGAGCGGCAGUGAGGAGGAGGAUGAGGAGGAGGAUGGUGAGGGCGAGAAGGAGGAGAACACUGAGGGGAGCGGGGAUGACAGCGAGGCGGCGUGGGACCCAGAGACGCAUGGCGGUGGGGAGGGGGGAGAUGAUGAUGAUGAAGACCACGAGAUGGAUGGGUUGGAGCCAGAGGGGCGGGAGGAGGAGGUGAGAGAGGGUGGUGGAAGGGCGGCGACAGAGGCGGGAUCACAGCAUGUGCGUGAAGGGGGGGGGAGCGUGGGGGUUAAGGUGGGAGGGGGAAAGGCCGUGACCAUUAGGGAGCCGAAGCAGAGGAAGAAAGCGAACAAGUUGAGAGAGCGGGCGUAUCCCUGCACGUUCACUGGGGAGCCCUUGGGCGAGGGUGUGAUUCCACCCGAGUUCCUAGACGAGGACGGAGGGUCCAAGAGUAGUAAGGGGACUAGCAAGGGGGGCUACAAGGGAGUGCCGGAUGGCUACGUCUAUCAGUGGCCACAUGCCAAGACUUGGCCGCAGCUCGCCAAGGGGAAAGCGAUGGCAACUGGUGGAGGUGAUGGGUCAGGAGGGAUCGAGCGGUGGAUGACAGCAAAACUGACCUCGGUGCAGCUACGGCAGGCAAUCACGAAGCUGGUGGUCACCUGCGACCUCCCCUUCCGCAUCGUCGAGGCCGAGGCUUUUCGUAAGCUACUCAUCCUGUUGAACCGCAACUGCGCGCAAAAAAACUUCAUCCCCUCGCGCUGGACGGUUUCCCGCGACACAGUGGUCUAUUCGGCUGCUGCUCUUCAGUCAGCCAUCGCGGAGAUGCUGGCGAAGGAGGGGGAGCUGGGGUGCAGGGUGUCGUUCACCAUCGACAUGUGGACGUCACCCAACAACAGGACGUGGCUGGUGGUAACGGGUCACUGGAUCGACGAGGGUUACCAGCUGCGCACAAUGGUGUUUGAAUUCCGGGAAAUUCACGGGCGGCACACGGGCAAGCAGAUGGCGAGGGUGGUUGAGGACACGGUGGUGCAGUGGGGGUUGGAGACGCGUUGUCUUGGGUUCACCUCAGACAACGCCUCUAGCAACACUGCCGCUUUCAGGUGGAUGUCGGAGGAGGGUGAUGCCUGGCACACGUGA